AUGGAUGCUUUUGCUGUCAACCAGCAAGGCCAAACUCUUCUUUCAUGGAAGAUAAGCUUGAACGGGUCACCUGAGGGGUUAAAUAAUUGGGAUUCAAGCGAUGAAACUCCAUGUGGAUGGUUUGGAGUCACUUGCAACUUUGACAAUGAAGCUGUAGCAUUGGAUUUGAGGUAUGUCGAUUUGUUUGGAAAACUUCCCUCCAAUUUCACCUCUUUGAUUUCCUUAAACAAGCUUGUUCUAUCUGGAACCAAUCUUACUGGUUCAAUCUCAAAAGAGAUUGGUACUGCUCUUCCACGGUUGACUCACUUAGACUUGAGUGGCAAUGCCUUAACCGGCGAAAUCCCAAACGAGCUUUGUAACUUGCUCAAGCUUGAACAACUCCUUCUCAACUCUAAUCAACUCGAGGGCUCCAUUCCAAUCGAAAUCGGAAACCUCACUAGCUUGAAAUGGCUACUCCUCUACGACAAUCAACUUAGCGGUUCCAUACCCAACACCAUAGGCAAGUUGAAGCAUCUUGAAGUGAUUAGAGCCGGUGGAAACAAGAAUCUUGAAGGCUCAUUACCCCAAGAAAUUGGCAACUGCAGCAAUUUGUUGAUGUUAGGCCUAGCAGAAACAAGCAUCUCAGGUUUUCUCCCACCAAGCCUCGGCCUCCUUAAAAAACUCCAAACCAUUGCUAUCUACACCGCCCUCCUUUCCGGCCAAAUCCCUCCAGAAUUCAGUGACUGCACCGCACUCCAAGACAUAUACCUUUAUGAAAAUUCACUCACCGGAUCAAUCCCGAAAACAUUAGGCAGACUCCAAAACCUUAAAAACCUAUUGCUCUGGCAAAACAACUUGGUCGGUAUCAUCCCUCCGGAGCUCGGGAGCUGCAACCAAAUGUUGGUCAUUGACAUCUCAAUGAAUUCAUUAACCGGAAGCAUUCCGCAGUCAUUCGGUAAUCUAACUGAACUUCAAGAACUCCAACUUAGCCUCAAUCAAAUCUCCGGAGAAAUCCCUGCACAACUUGGAAACUGCCAGAAGCUAACUCACAUCGAACUGGACAACAAUCAAAUCAGUGGCUCAAUCCCACUUGAAAUAGGUAACUUAUCAAAUCUCACACUCUUUUACUUAUGGCAGAACAAACUCGAAGGCAACAUACCGUCUUCCAUUUCCAACUGUCAAAAUUUAGAAGCCAUAGAUUUCUCUCAAAAUGGUCUGGUGGGGCCUAUUCCAAAAGGAGUUUUUCAGCUGAAGAAACUCAACAAACUCUUGCUUCUUUCCAACAAUCUCUCCGGGGAAAUACCGCCUGAGAUUGGAAACUGCUCCUCUUUGAUUCGUUUUCGAGCUAACAACAACAAGGUUGCCGGAACAAUUCCACUCCAGAUCGGAAACUUGAAGAAUUUGAACUUCUUGGAUCUCGGAUCAAACCGGAUUACUGGAAUUAUCCCGGAAGAGAUCUCGGGUUGUCAGAAUCUGACAUUUUUGGAUUUGCAUUCAAAUGCUAUUUCUGGUAACUUGCCACAGAGUUUUAACAAGCUUGUGCCACUCCAGUUUGUUGAUUUCUCUAAUAAUUUGAUCGAAGGAACAUUGAGUCCAAGUCUUGGUUCACUGAGUUCACUCACCAAGCUCAUUCUUGCUAAGAACAGGCUCUCUGGUUCCAUUCCGAGUGAACUCGGUUCCUGCUCCAAGUUGCAGUUAUUGGACCUGAGUGGAAAUCAGUUAUCAGGGAACAUUCCGUCAAGUGUUGGAAAGAUUCCAGCAUUGGAAAUCGCUUUGAAUCUCAGCUCGAAUCAACUUAAUGGAGAGAUUCCGUCAGAGUUCACUGGGUUAAACAAGCUUGGCAUUUUGGAUAUUUCCUACAAUCAUCUUACUGGCGAUCUUCAACAUCUCGCAGCAUUGCAAAAUCUUGUCGUGCUUAAUGUCUCGCACAAUAAUUUCUCGGGGCACGUGCCUGACACCCCCUUCUUUUCGAAGCUUCCUCUCAGUGUACUUUCCGGUAACCCAGCUCUUUGCUUCUCCGGUAACCAGUGUGAUGGUGAUGGAAAGCGCGUGAAGCGCGCGACGGCAGCGCGUGUGGCAAUGGUGGUGCUGUUGUGUACAGCGUGUGCCCUCCUUUUGGCAGCGCUCUACAUUAUCCUGGGAAGCAAAAAGCGUGGUCGUGGGGGCCAUGAGUGCGAUGGUGACGAUGAUAAACUAGACUUGUCAGUAGCUGAUGUGGCACGAUCGUUGACAGCUGGCAACGUGAUCGGGCGAGGCCGGUCCGGCGUGGUUUACAAGGUUGCCAUUCCGUCAGGACUGGUGGUGGCAGUUAAGAGGUUUAAAGCAACAGAGAAGAUUUCAGCAGCAUCAUUUUCAUCCGAGAUUGCUACAUUGGCGAGAAUUCGACACCGAAAUAUUGUCCGGUUACUCGGGUGGGGAGCAAACCGGAGAACAAAGCUGUUGUUUUAUGAUUACAUGGCUAAUGGCACGUUAGGGGCAUUGUUACAUGAAGGGAAUGAUGUUGGAUUGGUGGAGUGGGAGACGAGGUUCAAGAUUGCAUUAGGGGUGGCAGAAGGGCUAGCUUAUUUACAUCACGACUGCGUGCCACCGAUUUUGCACCGAGAUGUGAAAGCUCAUAAUAUCUUGCUAGGGGACCGGUAUGAGGCAUGUUUAGCCGAUUUCGGGCUGGCUAGGCUGGUUGAAGAUGAGCAUGGAUCAUUCUCUGCAAAUCCACAAUUUGCAGGGUCCUAUGGAUACAUUGCACCAGAGUAUGCUUGCAUGCUUAAAAUCACUGAAAAGAGUGAUAUAUAUAGCUAUGGAGUUGUCCUUUUAGAGGUGAUAACCGGGAAAAAGCCGGUCGAUCCAUCAUUUCCGGAAGGCCAACAUGUUGUCCAGUGGGUCAGAGACCACCUGAAGUGCAAGAAGGACCCAGUCGAAAUACUUGAUCCUAAACUGCAAGGCCACCCAGACACACAAAUACAAGAAAUGGUUCAAGCUCUUGGAAUCUCUCUUCUUUGCACAAGCAAUCGCGCUGAAGAUCGCCCCACAAUGAAAGAUGUGGCAGUAUUAUUGAGGGAAAUUCGACAGGAACCGAUCGUAGGCAGCGAGGCCCACAAGCCGACCAACAAGUCAUCAAAGCCGACGGAAACUAAUCCGUCGUAUUCAUCAUCCUCGGUGACCCCAGCUCAAUUAUUGAUGCUUCAGCAAGGGUCUUCUCGUUGCUCGCUUGCUUAUUCUUCCUCAUCAGCUAGCAUUACGUCAAAAGUUGAAAAUAUAGUGAAGACACCAGGAAAAGACUUGAACGAAACUAAGGAAGAAAUUAAGUAA